UUUCGAAUUUUAACAUUAUGGACAAAUUACUUCGUCUACCUUCUGUAUUUCUUGAACCAGCAAGAAUCGCUCCAACUUACAAUAAAGUAGUCUGUCAUCUCCAUUUUCGCUCAUACAUUCCUGGUCCAAUGGACUUUUAUAUUGACUUUGCAAGACGUGCUGCUUACGCCUUAAAUAUGCCUUGCUCUGGUACCGUUUAUCUUCCGACAAAAACCUCUCGGUGGACUGUUAUUCGUGGUCCAUUUGUUCACAAAAAAUCUCAAGAAAAUUUUGAAAGAAAAACUCAUAAAAGAUUAUUAGUGAUCAAGGAUGCAAAUAGGUCCGUGGUGGAAAGAUGGUUAUGGUACUUAACUCAGAAUUGUCCUGGUGGUGUUGGAAUGAGAGUUACACUUUGGGAAUGGGAUGAACUUGGUGUGGGUCGGAAAAUGUUGGAUGAAGCUAAAGGAAAAGAAGAGAGAAGGUUGCUCAAAGAUGUUGAAAAUCUGAGUUCAGAAAGUGGUGAGAAUAAUAAACAGGUCAUUCAG